GCAGACGCGGCGAUGGGCUCUCUCUCCGCAGCCGCGAACUGGACCGACGGUGCGGGCAUGGCCAGCGCGAACGCCGGGAACCUGAGUGCGGCGCUCGCCGCAGGAGUGGCGGCAGGGGCGACUGAGACUGAGUGGCUGCACCUCCUAGUCCAAGCCGGCAACCUCUCCGCCUCCUCCUCCGAGCAGAGACUGCCCGCAGCCUCCCCGGAGCCUACGCAGCCCCGAGCCAACCUCACCAACCAGUUCGUGCAGCCGUCCUGGCGCAUCGCCCUCUGGUCCCUGGCAUACGGCGUGGUGGUGGCCGUGGCGGUCUUCGGGAAUCUCAUCGUCAUCUGGAUCAUCCUGGCCCACAAGCGCAUGAGGACUGUCACCAACUACUUCCUCGUGAACCUGGCUUUCUCUGACGCCUCCAUGGCUGCCUUCAACACCUUAGUCAACUUCAUCUAUGCGCUUCACAGCGAGUGGUACUUCGGUGCCAACUACUGUCGCUUCCAGAACUUCUUUCCUAUCACGGCAGUGUUCGCCAGCAUCUACUCUAUGACGGCCAUUGCGGUGGACAGGUAUAUGGCCAUUAUUGAUCCCUUGAAACCCAGACUGUCUGCCACAGCAACCAAGAUCGUCAUUGGAAGUAUUUGGAUUCUAGCAUUCCUACUUGCCUUCCCUCAGUGUCUUUACGCCAAAAUUAAAGUCAUGCCAGGCCGUACUCUUUGCUAUGUGCAAUGGCCAGAAGGUCCCAAACAACAUUUCAUUUACCAUAUUAUUGUCAUUAUACUGGUGUACUGCUUUCCAUUGCUCGUCAUGGGUGUCACAUACACCAUUGUUGGAAUUACUCUCUGGGGAGGAGAGAUCCCAGGAGAUACCUGUGACAAAUAUCAUGAGCAGCUAAAGGCUAAAAGAAAGGUUGUAAAAAUGAUGAUAAUUGUUGUGGUGACAUUUGCCAUCUGCUGGCUGCCUUAUCAUAUUUACUUCAUCCUCACUGCAGUCUAUCAACAGCUAAAUAGGUGGAAAUACAUCCAGCAGGUCUACCUGGCCAGCUUUUGGCUGGCAAUGAGCUCGACCAUGUACAACCCCAUCAUCUACUGCUGUCUGAAUAAAAGAUUUCGAGCUGGCUUCAAAAGAGCCUUCCGCUGGUGUCCUUUCAUUGAGGUUUCUAGCUAUGAGGAGCUGGAGCUCAAGACCACCAGGUUUCUCCCCACCCAGCAAAGCAGCCUGUACACGGUGACCAGGAUGGAGUCCAUGACAGUGGAGUUUGAGCCCAGCGAGGCAGACAACACCAAAUCCAGCCGGAAGAAGAGAGCUACUCCAAGAGAUCCGAGCUUCAGUGGUUGCUCCCACAGGAAUUCCAAAUCUGCCUCCACCACAUCAAGUUUCAUAAAUUCACCCUAUACCUCUGUGGAUGAAUAUUCCUAAAUUCAUUUCAUAAACAAGCAG